CCUCUAUCGCUUACCUCGCCGUUACAAUGGGAAAACAUUCCAACGAAUGCGUUAGAAAAGUUGAGAUACAUAAGGUCGAGGGCAGACACAAGCACAGCUGAAGAUGAACCGUCACUUUGUCGUCAAUGCAGAAAAAUGGCUCAUGGCCCAGGAAUUGCAGAAUUAUUUAGCCCUUCAGGAUUUAAGCACUCACAACUCAGCACAUUCGCGAUUCGCACUGAUUGCAUGCUUUGUCAAUUCCUAUGGCGUGAAGAUCUGCUGGGAAGUAUGAACCAAGCCAACCGCAUUCGUCGAUUGAGUGAUCUAGUCAAGCCCAUGACAGGACCACCAGCUGUCAAAGAGCCCAGCAAAGCUUUCGUCGUCUUAAUCGCUCUGAAACAGGAUACUAGUCCCGAGAUCUGGAGAUAUUUGGACGUCAAAGUGAUAUCGGAUCGAGGACGCCUGUUAUGGCAACCACUUCACAGCCUGCAAGUUGCUGUACCAGACGACGACCCAUUUGCAGACUUCAUUUACUGGCGCCCUGUUAGAUGGGUCUAUGGCAGCCUAAAUUCUCUCCCAAUGCUCCGGGAACUACUCAAUUACUGUUGUGGGAAUCACGCCAGCUGUCCACAGCUAUCUGCAAAACCACUCCCGACUCGGAUCUUGCGUAUCUCUGGGCAGACACCACAUUUGUCACUGACUCUACAUGAAACAAGUCCGGAUGCGGUGGGCGAAUACAUAGCUUUAAGUUAUUGCUGGGGCGGUCCGCAGCAGCUAUGCUUAACGACUCAAAACCUCAAGGACUUCAAGGAAGUAGCACUGGCAAUCACACAGCUGCCUCAGACGCUCUCCGAUGCGGCUCUAGUAACGAAUGCAUUAGGCAUCCAUUUUCUAUGGGUCGAUGCCCUAUGCAUUAUACAGGACAGCGCCGAAGAUAAAGAGCUUGAGAUCGAAAAGAUGUGCGCGAUCUACGAGAACUCGGUCGUCACAAUCGCAGCAUCCACCUCUAAAUCGGUGCAAGACGGGUUCCUGGACACCAAUGCGUCGUACAACACCGAAAGUGCCUCGUGUACUAUUCCAAUACCCUUCCAGAGUGAGUGUGGCGAGGAAAAGUGGACCAGCGUGACUUUUUCGUCAACCCGUACACAACACACGGAUAUUUUUCCGAUCAACAAGCGAGGAUGGACCUUCCAAGAGGCUUUUGUGCCACACCGGCUGCUGGUAUUUGGCGACAUAGAACCCUUUAUGCGAUGCAGGUCUAGUGAUACAGUCGUUCUGUCGCUCACUGCUCUGUCGUAUUACAAUUCGCGCAUAGAACCGCGCCGCGUGCUGUACGGCGGACGACCCUACAAUAGUAGUUACAUGGAAGCAAACGACGACAGGCAAUUCCGAAGACUGUGGUUGUAUAUCGUGGAGCAAUACUGCCUGCGGACUUUUGGCUUCGAAGCAGACCGACCGCUGGCGAUCCGUGGUGUUAUCCAGUCUCUCCAGUCCGUGUAUGGCGGUCAAUGCUACCACGGCAUCUGGUCUAUUUGCCCGAUUGGAUGCCUGCUGUGGAGAAGCUAUCCGAGGGAUGCGGCGACGCCUGCGCGCCAGCCAGAGGUGCCCACUUGGUCCUGGCUUUCUCUCUCUUUCACCGACAUUGACCUCAGUCUCCUUGAACUAUUGGGCAAUGAUGACGGAACGGCCAUUGUGCGAUUUACGGACGCUCCGCAUAGUACACUACAAAUAACCUGUCAAGUACUUCUCGAGGAUGAGGUGCUGAAGGCCGACGAUAUUGUCGCAUAUUGGGAUGACUAUGGGCGCGAAUGGUCAGAAGCGUAUGACCCUGAGUGGGAAGACCUCUUUCUCUUGGUACUGACGACAACGGCGGACCAGAAGCUGCUUACUAUUGAAGCUGUACGUGAGAGCGAGGGCGCAUAUCGUCGGCGCGGAGUUAUGGAGAUUCGCGGAGUGGAGAAAUGGCUUGCGCAACCGUACCAGACAGUCAAGUUGCUCUGAGGUGGGUAAGGAUUCAAAGCAUUGAAUAGAAGUAUGUCCCGGUGCGGU